AUUAUUAUUCUUCUUCUUCCUCAUUCGCUUCUUCUCCCUCGCUCGUUUCCUUUCCUCUCAAACUCAGGCCUAGGAAUCAAAUCUCACAGGAAUAGAAGAAAAUGGCAGAUGGAGAGGACAUUCAGCCCCUUGUUUGUGAUAAUGGAACAGGAAUGGUUAAGGCUGGAUUUGCUGGAGAUGAUGCACCAAGAGCAGUAUUCCCCAGCAUUGUUGGUCGUCCUCGCCACACAGGAGUGAUGGUUGGUAUGGGACAAAAGGAUGCUUACGUUGGUGACGAGGCUCAGUCAAAGAGAGGUAUUUUGACACUCAAAUAUCCGAUCGAGCAUGGUAUUGUGAGCAACUGGGAUGACAUGGAAAAGAUUUGGCACCACACUUUCUACAACGAGCUCCGUGUCGCACCCGAAGAGCAUCCCGUUCUUCUUACAGAAGCUCCUCUCAACCCCAAGGCCAAUCGUGAGAAGAUGACUCAGAUCAUGUUCGAAACUUUCAACACUCCCGCUAUGUAUGUCGCUAUCCAAGCUGUUCUUUCCCUCUACGCCAGUGGUCGUACAACUGGUAUUGUGUUGGACUCUGGAGAUGGUGUGAGUCACACUGUUCCAAUUUACGAAGGGUAUGCUCUUCCACACGCCAUUCUGCGUCUAGACCUUGCAGGGCGUGACCUCACUGAUUACCUCAUGAAGAUAUUGACCGAGCGUGGUUACUCAUUCACUACCACAGCAGAGCGUGAAAUCGUGAGGGACGUGAAAGAGAAACUCGCUUACAUAGCUCUUGACUACGAGCAAGAGAUGGAGACGGCAAACACGAGCUCAUCCGUUGACAAGAGUUACGAGCUGCCUGAUGGACAGGUGAUCACCAUUGGAGGAGAGAGAUUCAGAUGCCCUGAGGUUCUCUUCCAGCCUUCUUUGGUCGGAAUGGAAGCUGCUGGUAUUCACGAGACGACUUACAACUCCAUCAUGAAGUGUGAUGUCGAUAUCAGGAAGGAUCUGUAUGGAAACAUUGUGCUCAGCGGUGGAACCACCAUGUUCCCUGGUAUUGCUGAUAGGAUGAGCAAAGAGAUCACUGCUCUUGCUCCAAGCAGCAUGAAGAUUAAGGUGGUUGCUCCACCAGAGAGGAAGUACAGUGUCUGGAUCGGAGGCUCCAUUCUAGCUUCCCUCAGUACCUUCCAACAGAUGUGGAUAGCAAAGGCUGAGUAUGAUGAGUCAGGGCCAUCGAUAGUCCACAGGAAAUGCUUCUAGAUUACGCUCAUAUCGAAGGCUUGGAGCCGUUGGAUGAAAGAUUGUUUUCGUAUUUGAAAAAAAAGGCUUUUGUUCAUCGAAUUGAUUACAGAAUAUUCUUUAUCUUUGGUUUUUCAUCACCACAUUUCUUUCUUGUUAUCACUCUCUUUUGGUGUUUCUGCUAUUAAUGGGAAAAGAGAUUUGUUAUU